UUAGUGGGAACACAAAAAGUUAAUUAACAGACAUCCCUCCGCCUACGCCGGCGGCUCCUCUGUUAUAUUUCCUACUCUCUUCCGAUCCAUCUUUCAGCUGCACAGUGUCCAUCGGCACAGGGAUGAGGCUUUCCGUCAUCGCCUGUUGCAUCGCGCGGCGUGGAGACGAGGGAGAGAGGGAGGAAGCGGGGGGAGAGAAGAAACAGUACAGGGUGUUCACGUACGAGGAGAUCGAAGUCGCCACUUCGGGCUUCUCUGCUUCCGCCCUCCUCGGCCGCGGCAGCCACGGGUCCGUCUUCCUUGCCUCUCUCGACGGCGGCCGACUUCUUUCCGCUGCCAAGGUCCCCUCCCACUCCUCUCUCCAGUUCGAUUCCUCCUCCGCCACCGACGCGGAGAUCGAACUCCUCUCCUCCCUCCCCCGCACUCCUCUGUUCGUCAACCUCGUCGGCGCCACCUCCUCCGCCCCUCGCAUCGCAGUCGUCGACUUCAUGCCGCGUGGCUCUCUCCACGAUCUUCUCCAUCAUCCUCAGCGUCCGCCUCCGCCCUUCCCCAUCCGCAUCCGCCUCGCCCGCCUCUCCGCCGCCGCCCUCGCCCGGCUCCACUCCCUCCGCGUCGCCCACCGCGACGUCAAGCCCGCCAACCUCCUGCUCGGCGCCGACGGCUUGCCUCGGCUCGCUGACUUCGGCCUCGCCGUCCGCAUACCUGCCCCCGUCGGUGCCAUUGCCGCUUCUCUGCCUCCGCCGGCUGGCACCAUGGGCUACCUCGACCCCGCCUACGUCCGCCCGGAACACGUCGGCGACAAGACUGACGUGUACAGCUUCGGCGUCGUCCUCCUCGAGAUCCUCAGUGGGCGGGAAGCAAUUGACGUGGAGUACAGCCCGCCUUCGCUGGUGGACUGGGCGGCGCCGCUGGUGGCGGAGGGAAGGUUCGGGGAGCUGUGGGAUCCGCGAGCCGCGCCAGCAGGGAAGAGGGAGGAGGAAGCGGCGAAGGCGGUAGCUGAGGUGGCGAGCAAGUGCGUGGCGGCGGAAGCGGGGCGUAGGCCGUCGAUGGCGGAGGUGGCGGCGGCGCUCCAGGCGGUGGAGUCGCGCAAGGGGCUGCAGCGCCGGGUAAGGUGGGGCCCGGGGAGGAAGGAAAAGAGGUCCCACGGCAAAGGGAGAGUGUCCAACGUGGCUAGGUCGUAGCGACUCGCUCAUCAUUCCUCAUCGAUGAAAAUACGUGGCGUUCACGUGAGACGCGGGACGACAAGUUUACAGACAGACACAGUGCUUAUCGGUUCGUAUAUCAUAAUAACAAUCCAGUCGUCGAUGUCUAGGGCCCCGCAAGGCGACAAUUCAACUGGUGAGGCUUUAAGACUAACUGUUGAUUGAUAGGAAGAAGAACAAACAGCAGCACUGAUUCCAAUUCCUCGAUAGACAUGCCGAUCAGAAAGAGUUCUUUUAGGGGCUGAAGCGGGAGAAAUAUUAAAAAUUUUUGUUA